AUGGGGACCUGCACCAGCACGCCCCGGCUGCACCCCACCCUCCGCGGCUUCAUGGCCUCCCGCCCGGCGGACGCGCUGGGCGAGGAGUGGUACUUUGACACCAUGAACCUGCUCUUAGAUCGCUGGGGGCCCUCCCACGUGCAGUUCCUCAGGAAGAAGUUCCUGGAGGCCACUGGGGAUGGCGAAGAGGAGCUGGACAAGAUGGGCUUCUUUCGCCUCUUUGCGGAGUUGCAGGACAUGCCUUCCUCGGUGUCCGAGAGUGCCUUCCGCAUGUUCGACGCCGACGGGUCCGGGAAGCUGAACUUCAAAGAGUUCUGCUGCGCGCUGGCUCUGUGCUGUCAGCUCAUGUCCUCGGAGGACGAGAAGAUCCGCUUCGUGUUCGACAUGUUCGACACCAACGACGACGGCCUUCUUAGCACCUCGGAGGUAAGGCAGUUGGUCGAGGCCCUGCGAGAGGAGAAAUCCACCGACGAGGCGAUACGGCAGGCCGGGCAUCGCUCUAGCCGCCGCAUCUCAGAGGUGAAGCAGGAGCUUUUGGGCAACUCGCAGCCCCUGUCCUUCGAUCGCUUUUACCAGCCCGGGACCGAGCGCAUCCGAGACGGACGGGGCGAGUUUGGGUGGUAA